AUGUUUAAUCGCCUUAUAGGAACGGCUUUCAGAAGAACCUUUAGUGCGCUGACGGUCCAAAACCCGCCAAAGGUGAUUCUUUCGCCUCCUAGAGGACACACGUCACUACUCAUGACAUCCACGGCAUCGCAGCUUGAGGCAUCGAUCGAUGGGUUGAUCAGACUUAAUCGAUCAGUUCCCUCGUUGCAGUUGGUCUUCUUUUGCGUUGACUCCAUUCUGAACUCGAGAGACGCUGUCUCCGAGUGCUGGUUCGAGGACAACAUGCUCAUCCAUCACUGCGAGCAGUUUGAACCCUCAAAAGAUAAGUGGACCCCGCAAUCAGGAACCGUAGAGCUAGAACUCCACGGAUCCGAUGUUGUACUACCAUUGGCACAUACAAUGUUCCAGAACACAUUGCCGGCUACUUGUUUCUUUGUUGACAGCGAAAACCCUCACAACUGGAAGAAUCUUUCUCAUCUAAAAGUGCAGCUUCCAUAUAUUAAAUCCUCCCAUUUUAAUUAUUCGAAUUGCUUGGUGGAGCUACCGCUGGAAAAAAACCCAGCACAAGAAUACAUUGUCACAGAACAUGAAGGGAAUAUGAUAAAAACGAUUAACAUGAUUCCUGCAUCCCAGUAUCUCAUUGAGAAUGAGCAUCUACAGAAGUCGAAGAAUUCUCUCUUUUUUAAAUUGUAUGACGGACCGCAAGUUCCAGACUACAUGGAAUCCUAUCAUAGAAUUACAGUGGGAGGUUUAGGAUGGGGCGAAAAACAAGGAUAUCUGGUUUUAGACCGGCAUGUUGGUUCCUUAGACCACAAAAAGCUAAAGCUUUUCCAACACCAACCAGAAACGGCUGUGCAGUUUGACAGAAAUAAGAAAUCUAUAGUGUUAGAGUGCUCCACGGAACAACAGAAUUACCGGCCUACUGGCUCGAAGACACCAAUUGUGAGCAAUCAGAUAGGAUUGGGUUCCGAGAGAGGCUUCAGGCUGAACGGUGUCUGGCACACAUCGCAGGGAGAAGUGGUCCAGAUCCAGGUCACGUGA